GCAAAAUUCAUGCAAGGUGCUAUCUUCAUAGGUGAAUAUGGAGUGCUUGCCAAUAAAAACAAUCGAAGAGCUGGACGCAUGGACACCAGGUGACCAGAUAGACUGUAAAGUUUGCAGCGUUCCAUUAGCAGAGAGGAGAGAGAGGUCUAGAACUACUCCCAAAACUUUACUCUGUCAUGACAUGUGUGGAGGGUACCUCACGGAUAGAUUUGUGCAAGGGACUGAAGAUCCACAACCAUACCGCUUUUAUCACUGGCAAUACAUUGACACUUUUAUAUACUUUAGUCAUCACUUUGUCACUGUUCCACCUGUAACAUGGAUUAAUGCAGCUCACAAGCAUGGGGUUAAAGUUCUUGGAACAUUCAUAACUGAGUGGGAUGAGGGUAAGCUCAGAACUCAAAAGCUGUUAGAAUCUGAAGAUUCCUUUAGAAGGGUUGCCAACAAAUUAGUUGAGAUUACAAAAUACUACAAAUUUGAUGGAUGGCUUAUCAACAUAGAAAAUCCUAUUGAGUCAGACAAGACAGAGAAUCUCUGUAAUUUUGUGGGCUAUUUGACCAGCCAGCUCCACAAAGCAGUGCCAUGGUCCCAGGUCAUCUGGUAUGACAGUGUACUAAAUACAGGAAAACUUCUGUGGCAGAAUGAACUCAACUGCCAAAACUGUAUGUAUUUUGAUGCAUGUGAUGGAAUAUUCCUGAACUACAACUGGAAAGAUGAGACUCUCCAUAACUCUCUGACAAUGGCCAGGGGCAAGGGGAGGGAUAUGGAUGUGUAUGUGGGGAUCGACGUCUUUGGUAGAGGGUGUUUAGGGGGAGGAGGAUACAACACUGUGGAGGCCCUGGCUGCCAUUAGGAGAUUCAACAUGUCUGCUGCAAUAUUUGCUCAAGGAUGGGUUAUGGAAACGCAGGAAAAAGAGAAGUUCACAGAAAAUGAAAAUAGAUUUUGGAGUAUGCUGGAUUGUCUGCUGCCCGCUAAUGAAUUUACUAAUUUCCCUUUCACUACCUCAUUUUGCCAAGGGUUUGGAAAGAAGUACAGUUUACUUGGUGAGGUCAUUCAUGAGAAACCUUGGUAUAACCUGUCUCUCCAGGAAAUUCAGCCUACUUGUACAAACUCCCAGUUUCUCAGGCAUCAUCUGCAAUACCAGCCAGCUAUAGACAUCUGUACAGAUGACCCAUUGACAGGGGGAGCCUGUCUAAAUCUCAGUGGAAAAUUGUCCAUUGAUGGGCAGCCACUUUUGUUCAGAUUAUUUGAUACAUCUAUCACUCUGCCUCAAGAAGAUGUCAUUGUGUCUUACACCUACAAAAUGAGUAGCACCACAACCUGUGAUUUGUUCCUACAACUGGAGGUCCAGGAAAAUAAUGGAUCUAGUCAGCUGUGGAUAUUGCGAGAAGAGAAAACAUCUCAGGUCCCACAGAAUAUGACAGUAUAUAAUUGCCUGUCUGAUGCUGAAGUUUUGGAAUUGCUCCCUAAUAUAAAAGCAUCACCAAGCAAUGGCUGGAUUACAAGGUAUUAUAGUAUCAAAUCAAAGGGGGGUUCAGCAAUCAAAUCCAUCAGCUUUGGGUUGCAGUCCACAGGAUCCCUUGACAAACAGUCAGUUCAAAUAGGCCAUUUACAGAUUGUUGCACUGAAAGAUCUUCAGUCACUUCCAACAAAUAAGGACAUAGAGCAAGUUCAAUGGGAGACCUUGGAGGAAGGAAAAUGUCAGAUUUCCUGGCAAUUUCCACAAGACAAUGCUGUUACUUAUUAUGAUGUGUACUCAACUUCAGAGGGCAGCAAAAGUUUACUAGGACAGAGCAAAGUGAAAUGUUUUUAUACUGACUUGAAGAACAAAGGACAUUUGUCUCUACAGCCAAUUUUCUUUUCUUCAAUCCCAGGAAAGACAACAUCCUGUUAGCUGGCUAGCCCAGUUACAUUGUCAUGACUAGCUAAAUUAGCUACAUUUUUGUGUGAUCCUUAUUACAAUAUAUC